AUGCCGACUCGCGCCGAUCCAGACCGCAAAUCGCCUCUGAAGCUGCUCACGAAGAAGUUAUUGAGUGUCAUGGACGUGGUGGUUUUUGGCUCGCCUUGCAAAGUGCACCAGAACCCACUAAACGCAUCCCUGGGAAAUCGUGAAGCGCUAGGGAUCAUUGCCGGAAAUAUGAAGAAACCAAGGGGUACAAGGUACUGA